AUGACACCAGGCUCUUCGACUCAAGCUUACACCCUCAGAACGCCAGCGACUAAGCCAUCUCCACGCCAGCAAGCUGUGGACACAACCCCCUCCAAGCGCAAAUGCUCUUUCUUAGGUCCUCAGAUGAUGUCGGAUGCAAAGACGCAAAGUUCACCGAACCUUCUUCAAGGAGAUCAGGGAGACGACUCGUUUCUUUCACCUGAUCGGCCCGUCCCUCGGAAGAGAACCAAGUCUGCUCCUGGAACAGGACCCGUGGUUGGUUCAGCUGCGAACGACGACGACGCAACACCCAAAAAAAAACCCAGCACUCCAAAUUCGUGCACGAGGAAAAAGAAGUACAAGAACCUAGCUUCGCAAGCGAAACAUAUACUUGUCUGUCAAGACCCGGAAUGCAUUGCCAUUGACACGCCAUCGUCCGAAGUACAGGACGAGGAAGCCGAAGAUAUCUUUACGGCAUCAUCCCGCAAGGAUCAAGCAGUGCCAGUAAUCUUUUCUCUAAAUGAGACCGCCGGCAAAGAGAGCUCUAGCACCAGCAAGGCGGAGAAAAUACCAAGUGCCACACCUUACGAGGCAACCGAAGAGCUGCCUAACGAAUCUCCUGUCUUCAAUCGAGCAGCUAGUGAGGAACCGGAUGGUUCUGAUACAGAACUGCCUAGUCCAGAAGCACCGGAGGACAAGCCCAGUCACAACCCUGAAGACAUUCCGAAAAAACAUAGUAAACUACGAAAGUAUAUCAAGUCUCCGCUUUCUGUCAAGGAAGGCAGGGGUCAAAUAUACGUUAUGGGAGAUGUGAGCAGACCUCAUCUUUGUAAGAUCGGGAGAAGCGUGGACAUUGAAGCCCGCAUGUCAUCUCUAAAGAGUUCAUGCAAAAUUACCAAUCUCGAGCUUUUGCAUGACAGGCCAGUGGACCUUCACAUUCGAACGGAAGUUCUCAUUAAAGGUUACCUUUCCGAUUUCUGUCGACCCUACUUCUGCGAGUCGUGCAAUCGAAGACAUGAUGAAUGGUUCGAAAUCCCUGCCGAGGAUGCCAAAGUAGCUGUGAACAAAUGGGUCGACUUCAUACAACGCGAGAGCCCCUAUGAUUUAGGCUCGAAAGAGUUAGCACCUUUCUGGGUAACGUGGCUCGACGCGCACAGCAACCUUCCCAAAGAUUUCGAUAUGGAAACUUCCCGAAAGCGUUGGGAUAAUUUCAUGUCGCCUUCAGAGCACGACCACUUCAUGUAUAAGUUCCGAGAUGUACGAGACAGGCUGUGGAGAGUUUUCUGGCCACUGUAUGCCACACUUGCGUGGACAGCAACAUUCAUUGCUUAUCAGCACCCUGUUGCGUUUUUUCUUAUGGGCAUUUCGGUAGUUGGUACUUUUAUCAACAUGUCUCACGACUCUCAGCUACUACGACAUGCAUUUGCUAAAUCUGGCAAAGCUGGAGUUCGGUAG